UGGAUAGCAGCUGGAGAACCCGAACCGGGUCAGAACCUCCAGGUAUGUUAACUGGACGCUGGUCUGGAUGAACUAAUGCUGGAAAACAGAGAAUAUUAUGAGGCCUUCCUCAGCAUCAUGUCUGCUAUUUGGCACACUCACACGGACGACCUUCUCAAAACUGAAGAGAGGAACUCCAACAUUGAUCCCAUGAUAUCAAACGCUAUGGAAAUAAAAGAAGAACAGGGAGAACCAGAAACACAGCAGAUGAGGGAGCCAAAAGGAGAACCUGAACCCAUUACAACAGAACAUAUUCAACUGUGGGUCUUUGAGAAUGAAUGUCAGCCUUUAGUGAAGCAGGAGCCUCACACCUCUAUGGUGAUUUCUGCUUACGAGGAAAUAUUCCCCAAUGUACCAGAACUGCACCAGGUGAUGGAAGUAAAGAAUGAUCCAGAACCUGUACAGAUUAAAGAGGAACCUGAACCUGUUAUAAUUAAAGAGGAACCCGAACCAGUGAAGAUCAAAGAGGAACAGGAGUAUCUCUGCAGUAAUCAGGGUGACGAUCAGCUGAAGAAGGAGACAGACAACUGUGUGGUGAUUCCUACUUAUGAGAAAAAGAGCAAGGGUGAACCGGAACAAAACAAGAACCAUCUGCUCUCUGGAAACUGUCCUGAAGCUGAGACUCAACAUCAGACAGGGAGCAACCUGAAAGACUCGGGAUCAAAUAAAGAUCUGCAGCCAGAGAAGAGACAUCAGGACACCAGAAAUCACAGGGACAGUGUGGACAAUUCAAAACCAAAUAGUCAUAAAGAAGAUUCAGCUUGCUGUCAAAUAUGUGGUAAAUGUUUCAGGACACAAAAAUACUUGUCUGUGCACAUUAGAAUCCACAGAGGUGAGAAGCCGUAUCCUUGUGAAGUGUGUGGUAAAUCUUUUAUCCUCGCAGAUCAAUUGAAAAAACACAAAAAAACUCACACAGAUAAUAAGCCUUAUUCUUGUGAGUUGUGUGGAAAAUCUUUUAGAACAAAGGCUAUUUUGGAUCGUCACCUUAUAUCUCACACAGAUGAAAAGCCUUAUCCUUGCAAGUUUUGUGAUAAAGCUUUUCGACAUAAUCACAAUUUGAAAUGUCACCUAAGAACUCAUACAGGUGAAAAACCUUAUUCUUGUCAUUUGUGUGAAAAGUCUUUUAAACAAAGUAACGAUUUGUCUCGUCACCUUAGAACCCACACAGGUGAAAAGCCUUAUUCUUGUAAGUUGUGUGAUAAAUCUUUCCAACAAAAUGGCAGUUUGACUCGUCACCUUAAAUCUCACUCAGAUAAAAAGCUUCAUUCUUGUCAUGUGUGUGAAAAGUCUUUCAGACAAAGUAGCCAUUUGACUAGUCACCUUAAAAUUCACACAUGUGAAAAACCUUAUUCUUGUCAUUUGUGUGAUAAAUCUUUUCGAAAAAAUCAAAAUUUGACUAUUCACCUAAAAAUUCACACAGCUGAAAAACCUUAUUCUUGUCAUUUGUGUGAUAAAUCUUUUCGACAAAGUAAAAAUUUGACUACUCACCUUAGAACUCACACAGGUGAUAAGCGUUAUUCUUGUAAGUUGUGUGAUAAAUCUUUUGGAUUAAGUCAUCAUUUGACUAAUCACCUUAGUACUCACACAGGAGAAAAGCCUCAUUCAUGUAAUUUGUGUGGAAAAUCUUUUCGACUCCGUCACUUAUUGACUUCUCACCUUAAAACUCACACAGAUGAAAAACCUUAUUCUUGUGAAUUUUGUGACAAAUCUUUUAGAUCGAAGGCUAAUUUGAUUCGUCACCAAAGAUCUCACACAGGUGAAAAACCUUAUCCUUGUCAUUUGUGCGAAAAGUCUUUUAAACAAAGUAAUGAUUUGACUCGUCACCUUAGAACCCACACAGGUGAAAAGCCUUAUUCUUGUGAUUUAUGUGUCAAAUCUUUUAGAACAAAGGCUGUUCUGGAAAGUCACUAUAGAACUCACACAGGGGAGAAGCCUUUUACUUGUGCAUUGUGUGGCAAAUCAUUUAAAAUAAAUUAUGCUUUGACUUGUCACCUUAGGAUCCACACAGGUCAUAAGCCUUAUUCUUGUGAUUUGUGUGGAGCAACUUUUAGAUGCAGCAGUCAUUUGGCUCAUCACAGAAGAACUCGCACGUGUGAGAAGCCAUAAAGACAAGGCAAGUUUAUGUAUAAAGCACUUUAGUAACAAGACGAUUCAAAGUGCUGUACAUGAACAAAAAAAGUGUUACAGAAUAAAAAAUAGCAUUAAAGAUGAAAGCACAUUGCACUGGAACAGUAGCAGCAGGUCAGAUACAGUAUAAGACAAGUUGGACUACAAACUUCAACAUUAACAGUUAAAGGUAACUCUAAAUAAAUAAGUUUCAAACCUUGAUUUAAAGGAACUCAGGCUUUCAGAAUUUUACAGUCUUCUGUGAGUUUGUGCCAGAUAAGUGGAGCAUCAAAACUAAAUGCUGCUUUUCUGUGUUUUGUUCUGGCUCUGGGUUUGCAGAGUAAAUUUGAGCUACAAGACCUGGAGAGUUGAUGCACUGAUAACAAGUCUGUGAUGUAUUUAAGUGCUAUGCCAUUCAGGGAUUUAUAGACUAACAGUUGUAUU